GCAUACAGUACAGGACCCUGAGGUAAGGACUAUGGACGCUAAUGCGAUCAAUUGUUUAAAAUCGAUUUGCCGCAAAAGCCCUUCAUUGCGGUGCUUAUGGCGAGAAAAGUCAUGGAAUGAUGCAUCUUCCGUGUUUGACACAGAUUUCAGUCCCAUGGAAGCUCACCGCGAAAGAAAGGGUAGCCGUAGGAAAUUUCUUCUGCUGGAGAGAGCUCGUGUGCGGUGUUGUGAUGGUGAUUGGGGCCUCCUGGUGGGUCACUGCCAUGGAACACCGGUCCCUUUCUGUCCGUUUCCUCUGCCGUCAUUCCCCACUCACUGCGUCAAGGGAUGGCGCGGACAGGUGGGUUUGACAAGGAGAGCCGGGUACCUUGCUUCGCUCCAUGGGGCUUGGAUUUUUUUCCUUGGGAUCCUCCCUGCGACCGCACGCACACCACCAUCCUCUCACUCCGCAUAACUGAGAACCCCUCGGGACCUCUCAGACAAUUCCGCCCUCGCUGAUAGAAGCAAUUACCCAACUAUCGAACAGUGAGCAUAAACAUUCGAGUCGAGACAAUUCUUGUCUUAUUUUCUUUCCAUUAUUUUCUUCUCGCACUCUCCUUACCCCACCCCCACCAGACCUUGCGCAGCCAGGUACUCAAAGAUUCGACCAACCUGAUUGUAAAACCUAUUACAACCAUACAUAGCGCCGCGACAUCAAGAGAACAUUGUGCGCAUCCGGCUGUCCGUGUCAG